AUGACCGAGGCGCAGAAGUACCAGGGCGCACUAUAUAAAGAGAAGCCAGCGAAGAACACGAAGAAGAAAGCUGUCACCAUAGCUGAGGACGCAGUUGUCAAGUCGCUCAACCCUUACGUCGAGGACGCGCCUGAUGCAGACGACGACUACAAGGGCGCACCGCCGCCAGCACCCAGUCCGCCGCCGUUUAAGAACACAGACACCACCGUGGCUAAACCAAGGUCUGAGAAGAUCGAUGUGUUCGACUUCCUCGAUGAGUCGGCCACGCCCAACGCCUCGCGGACGAAUCUCAACGAGUCGAUGACCAUGGUGGAACAUGCUCCCCCGAUCUUCGACUCGCCGAAGCAGCUCGCCCGGAUAGACGGCGACAGGGACGAGGAGGAGGACACCGGCUACGAUGUUGCGUACGAAGAGAACGGCUUCUCGUACGGAGCGGGCCCUAUCCCGCCUGCACCGCCGUACAGACACGAUUCCAACCUGUCCACUGCGUCCACCGAGUUCAUGACGCCGGCGCAGAAAUGGGAGCGGGAACGGCAGCAGUGGCUCCACGACCGGAACGCAAGACUCAACAUGAACCGUCCGCCCCCUUCGCUCGAGCGUCACCGGACAGACAGCAAUAUGAGCAACAUGAGUCUCACCACGAGUGACAAGAAGCGGAAACGCGGACAGGCCGGCCCUUCAGACGCGAACUUGACUACACCAGGCGGCUAUGACUACGAGGCCGAUACUCCCAUGAUGGACGCCGCUGCAGCAGCUGGUGGUCAUACCUCCUAUCACGAUCGCCCGCCUCCCAUCCUGCACUCAGGCCUGACCGGCAACCUCAGCCGCAUGAUGCGUUACUCUGUCUCGCCAGACUACUCUGACGAGUACCGCAGCGACUACUCCCGUGGCCACGGCGAGCCCAACUCCCCCAUCAAGCGUAGCAAACGCACCAAGGAGCCCGUUGGGUCCGGAGAAAACGGACUGGGGAUAUCGAUGAAGGGACAGGGUCGCACGACAGGAAAGCUCAUCUCCCUGCUCGGUGCUGGCGCCACUAUCGACCCGGCCACAAAGGCACUUGUACGAACCAAGAGACGCACCUCGGAAGGGUCGAGUGCAGCCGCUGCUCCUGCUCCUGCUCCUGCGCCUGCGCCAGCUCCUGCAGCCUCGACGUCACGCGAGCUGGUGCAGACAAAGAAGACCAAACGGCCCAAGACACGCCAGCUGUCCGAGGUGGGUAGCAGCUCCAGCAAGAGCCGACGCAAGGUCAGCGCAGGGAACGGGGCUGAAGACUCCGACUCGGAACGGCCCGAGAAGGAUCAGCGCAAGAUGAAGGCCAUCGAGUACAAACGCUCUACCGACUCGGACGAAGGGGCCGCCAAACGCAGCAAGACCACCGACAACAGCCAGAUGGUCCUGUACAAGAACGGCAGCGCCCAGCCAGGCCACGACAGCGAGUUCGAGGAGAACCUGCGCUUCGAAAAGGCCAGCAUCUUCCUGUCCCUGGUCAACAAGGGGCCUGACAGCGAGCGCGGAUGCUCUGUCCACAAGAUCCUGAAGCGCUACCACCGCCUCGAGUCCCCGUCCCGCUCUGGCUCGCCGGAGUCAAAGGACAAGGACGGCAAGGAGAGCUCGCGAGGCAGCAGGCGCGGCCGCGGACGCAGCCGGGCUGAAGAGAAGGAGAGAAAGGAGGAGGAAGAGCAGCAGCUCUGGCGGACGCUGAGGGUCAAGCGGAAUGAUAACGGCGAGAUGGUCCUUUUCCUACCGUGA